AUGAAGGGUUUCGCAGUCAUCGCACUCCUCCCGUUCGCCUUUGCUCUCGUCCAGCGUCAAGCUGCCACCCCGCCUCCCUGCGCCGUCGGCUGUCUCGCUGAUGCCAGCUUGAACCCCGCCCCGUGCAGCGCUACCGACUUUGUCUGCCUCUGCACCAACGCCGAGCUGCAGACCAAGAUCACCGCGUGCUUGACCAGCGCUUGCACCCCUGACCAGAUCGCCAUCGCCGCGACCUUCCUCCAAGACACCUGUCGCCAGGCCGGCGCGCCCGUCCCCUCGGUCCCCGCCGCUCUCGGGGGUGCGUCCGCGUCAGCCUCCGCAUCGGCCUCCAGCGUCGCCGCAUCUCCCUCUGCGUCCGUCGCCAGCGCCGCAAGCUCCAUCUCGGCCGCUGCCUCCUCCGCUUCUGCCUCUGCCUCGGGCGCCGCGAGCUCCGCCUCUGCUUCAGUCUCCUCCAUCGCCAGCGCCGCCUCCUCUGCGGCCGCCUCCGCCUCGUCCAAGUCUGGCGCCCAGCCCACCGGUCUCGCCAAGGGCUUUGCGGCCGUCGGUCUCGGUGCCGCCGUCGGUGUGCUCGGGAUGAUGUAG